AUGACGUAAUGGCCCGGCCGUUCCCCCCACCACUGAUCGCGAUGACGUCACCCACAGCCACCGGAACGCAAUGGCGGCCUCCACGGUUGGCGACGGCUCCGCUUUGGUCGUCAUCGCCAACAUCCCCGGCGCGUUUCGCGCCGCGGACCUCAGGAACUUCUUCUCCCAGCUCGUGGAGAGCGGCGCCUUCCACUGCUUCCACUACCGACACCGGCCCGAGCGCGCCGAGCCUAGGCCGUGCCCGGAGACGGAGGCGAGCGGAGACGCCGAGGGGACCCAGUGUCCAGGGGUACAGGGCCCCGGGACCUCGGCCAGGACUGGGGAAGAGGGAGCCGGGACUCGGGGAUCGGUAGAGGGACCGGGGACCCUGACGAGAGAAGGGAGACCUGAGACCCAGGCUGAGGGAGGGAGACCCGGGACUGGGAGCCUGGCCACGGCACCCGGGCCACGCCGCCGCUCGAGCUGCUGCUGCGUGGUUCGCGUGCGCGCGGGGAGACUCGGAGAGCUUCUCGCGUCCUACUCGGGCCGCCACUGGGUGGACGCCGCCGGGGACCCCAUCCCCUCGCGCUGCCUCGUGCGCAGAGUGCGCGGGGCCCCAGAGCCGGAGUGCGGAGCCUCGAAAUCGUCGCUCUUCCCGUACGCCGUUCACCGCCGGCGCCAGGGUGCCGCGCCCGCCGAGGUGACUGGCAGCGACCUCCUCCUCCUGCCCGAGCUCAACCCCCCAUGCCUCAUGCCCCAGGGCAACGUUGGCACGCCCUUGGGCACCUUCAUGCAGCUGAUCCGCUCGUGCCGCCUGCCGCCCCGCAUCAUUGCCCGCCUGGGCCUCUCCUUCCCCAAGACGGGCUCGUCGCGUCGCUACGGCAACGUGCCGUACAGUUACGCGCUCGGCAGCACGGUGCGUGUGGCCGACAGCGUGCUCACAGGAACCGGGGCCGAGAUCGCGCCAGGCGGUGCGACGCUACCGCCGCCAUCCCCGUCGUCGGGGCUCCAGGGAGAGCGGACGGGAGAGUCGCAGCAGGGAGAGUCGCAGCAGGGAGAGCAGCAACAGGGAGAGCGGCGUGGGAGCGAAGCCGGUGGCCGUACAGGGAAGGAGAGGAUGGGAGGACGGAGUCUGCGGAGGAGAAAGACGGAGCUGCCGAGUGAAGAUGAGGAGCCUGAAGAUGAGGAGGAGUCGCACUCAGACGAUGACGACGACUCGUGCGAGGAGUGGGAGCGGCACGAGGCCCUGCACGAGGACGUGACGCGGCAGGGCCGCUGCGACGAGCGCCUCUACGAGGAGGAGAUCGAGCUCAAGUGGGAGAAGGGAGGCAGUGGCCUCGUCUUCUACACCGACGCGCAGCUCUGGAAGGAGGCGGAGGGUGAUUUUGAUGCCCAGACGUCGGACGACUGGGACGUGGACAUGAGUGCAUACUACGACAAAGACGGAGGGGACAUGGAUGCGCGUGACUUCGUGACGCUGCGGGAGGAGGGCCGGCGCCGGCGCGGACUCGACGAUUCGGCGGAGCUCGAGGCGCGAAUCGGCGGCUUCGAGCGGCACACGCGGGGUUUUGGGCGCCGACUGUUGGAGAGGCAGGGUUGGCGGGACGGCCUCGGGCUGGGCGGCUCGCGCAGCGGGAUGGCUCAAGCGCUGGAGGGAGACGGGCAGAACCCCAAGUGCCGACACGGACUCGGCUAUCGAGGGGAGAAGCUGCAACGUUUCUCCCUGGUGCCGAAGCGGCGACGCCGAAGCGGGGAAGAUGACACGGAUGCCGUCGUCAUUUCCACCGUGUAUGACGCUCCGCUCGCCCGCGACCAGCCCAGCUCGCUGCUGCGGAGACGAGGGCAUGGGCGGCUCAAGCUCCGCGACGGAGGAGACGCAGGGAGACGGGGUGCGACGUAGGAGACAGACACGGGGUGUGACGUAGGAGACAGUUACGGGGAGACGGGGUGCGACGUAGGAGACAGACACGGGGAGACAGACACGGGGAGACAGACACGGGGAGACAGACACGGGGAGACAGACACGGGGAGACAGACACGGGGAGACGGAGUGCGACGUAGGAGACGGACACCGGGAGACAGACACGGGGAGAAGGGGUGCGACGUAGGCGGACACGGGGAAACGUAGACAAUGUCCAACGUGCGGGAGACAGGCUCAGGGAGGAUGGGGACAAGCAGAUGUACAGGGGUAUACCUAGAGAGAGACGUGGAAAGAUCUGACUGUGAUGACCUUAAAGUGCACUUAGCUUGGUACAAGCAGCUUGGCGACGGCACAGCCAUGGAGUGGCGAAUGGCAGCUGUUAUCAGCCAACACCAUCACGUGUGCGGUCAUCUUUAUUCCAAGGUUAAAAUUUGGUUUUAUUCACAAAUAUCCCAAGUAAAACACAAUUUGUUUAUAAUAAAAUCGUGUUUUUUU